CCCUUCACUUCCGCUCCGCCGUUCCCACAAUGCAGUGCGGCUGAGCGCCUCGGAGCCCGCGGGGACGCUGCGGGGGGACCCCGGCUGAGGCGGCGGCGGCGACGUGGGCUGCGGCGGGCCCGCGGCGUCGGGCGGUGCGGAUGUCGGGCUGGGCGGACGAACGCGGCGGCGAGGGAGACGGGCGUAUCUACGUGGGGAACCUUCCGACCGACGUGCGCGAGAAGGACCUGGAGGACCUGUUCUACAAGUACGGCCGCAUCCGCGAGAUCGAGCUCAAGAACCGGCACGGCCUCGUGCCCUUCGCCUUCGUGCGCUUCGAGGACCCCCGAGAUGCUGAAGAUGCAAUUUAUGGAAGGAAUGGUUAUGAUUAUGGCCAGUGUCGGCUUCGUGUGGAGUUCCCCAGGACUUAUGGCGGUCGGGGUGGGUGGCCCCGUGGUGGGAGGAAUGGUCCUCCUACAAGAAGAUCUGAUUUCCGAGUUCUUGUUUCAGGACUUCCGCCAUCAGGCAGCUGGCAGGACCUGAAGGAUCACAUGCGAGAAGCUGGGGAUGUCUGUUAUGCAGAUGUGCAGAAGGAUGGAAUGGGGAUGGUUGAAUAUCUCAGAAAAGAAGACAUGGAAUACGCCCUGCGUAAACUGGAUGACACCAAAUUCCGCUCUCAUGAGGGUGAAACUUCCUACAUCCGAGUUUAUCCAGAGAGAAGCACCAGCUAUGGCUACUCACGGUCUCGGUCUGGGUCAAGGGGCCGUGACUCUCCAUACCAAAGCAGGGGUUCCCCACACUACUUCUCUCCUUUCAGGCCCUACUGAGACAGGUGAUGGGAAAUUUUUCUUUAUUUUUUAGGUGAACUGAGCUGCUUUGUGCUCAGAAUCUACAUUCCAGAUUGAUGAUUUAGUGUCUUAGGAAAUUUUUUUAAUUUUUUUUUAAGGAAAUAAAAUACAUAAUUUCUACCAGGGCCAUAUUGGCAGUGAAGCAUUUUAAACUGCAGAAAUUGUGGUUUUGGUUCAGAAAUAAGUUGUAUAUUUUUCACCCCUGAUUAUGGGAAAAAAAUCAGUGCUGUGUCUUUGUGGGUUGCUCUACUAUGGAGAUCAGCAGUUACUGUGACUGAGUCGGCCCAUUCUGUUUAGAAAUAUAUUUUAAACGUUUAGUAAUUGA